AUGAUAUCGAUGCAGGGGACUGUGGGGGAUGAUGAGAAGGUGAAUGAUGGGAAUGAUGGGAAGAAAGAUGAUGUAAAGGAAGACGAUGAGAAGGUGGAGGAUGAACGAAAAGAGGACGAUGAGAAGGUGGAGGAUGAUGUAAAAGAGAACGAUGAGAAGGUGGAGGACGAUGAGAAGAUGGAUGAUGAGGCUAAGGUGGAGGACGGUGAGAAGAUGGAUGGUGUGGCUAAGGUGGAUGAUGUGAAAGUUGAUUUGAAAGUGAAGGUGAAGGAUCUGAAAGUGAAGGUGAAGGAUGAGAAGAGUGUGGGUGUGGAUGUGAAGGAAAUCGAUGCAUUCUGCCAUCUAUUGCGGAAAAGGAUUUCCGACUAUCCCAAGACAUAUAAAAAUCCGCAUGUGGCAAUAGGGGAUUGCGUAUUGUCGAAUAGAAUUAGGCGAGAGCACAGGGCUUUUAUUAAGGAUCCUGCAAACUAUCCAGUCGCCGAAUUCAAAGACUAUUAUAUGGGCGCACCACAUAGAUAUAUGUCUGAAUGGUCAACAAUUGACGAUGUCUACAUGUCUGUGAACAUUAACCAGCGACAUUGGAUUUUGUGUGUAGCACGUCUUCAAAAGUACCGCAUUGACGUGUACGACUGUGAUGCCUAUCUUUAUAAGAAUCUGGAUCCUUAUUUGAAACCCUUCUACGACAUGAUUCCACAUGUGAGAGGGUAA